AUGACUUCUAAGCGCAGAUCGACAAAAGAUGUUAACAGCACCUACAAUGAUAACAACAAUAGCAACAACACCAUAUUCACUGUAAAUGAUACCGCUAUCAAGGUUACAAGCAGUCAUCGUAAGCCAUGCGGUUUAGACUGGGCUCAGUCAACAUGGAAACGUUGGAUAUAUGUUGCAUUUUGGUGGUGGCUAAAUCCAAUUUUGAAUAUUGGUUAUAAACGUAGUUUAACAGACGAUGAUUUAUUUGAUUUAUCACCAAAUGAUGAAUGUCGUCUAUUAUUAAAAAGGUUUGAAACAAAAUGGGAGAAAUGGGAAAAUGAGCAUGGUGGCUAUGCAAACACAUGGAAAAUUGUUUCGCUGACUUUUUCGAAAGAAUUUUUAAUAACUGGUUUAAUGUUUUUGCCAUCUGUUGCUAUAAGGAUAGCACAACCAUUGCUUUUAAAAGAAAUUGUUCUUAAUAUCAGUAAUCCAAAUGCCCCUACAUAUGUAGGAUAUUUGUAUGCUGUUGGAUUAGGAUUAGCAGUGAUGCUUCAAUCAUUUAUUCAUCAACAACUGGGUUUUCGUACAACAAGGAUUGGAACACAAAUACGUAUUGCAAUAACAUCCACAAUUUAUAAGAGGGUGUUAAAUCUACGAGAAAAUGCGUUUAUGAAAACAACAACAGGACAAAUAGUUAAUCUAAUUGCAAAUGAUGCAAGCAAAUUUGAAGAAUUAGGUCUUUAUAUACAUUAUCUGUGGGAAGCUCCAUUAGAGGCAUGUAUUGUAUUUGGUCUGAUCUGGAUCAAUAUCGGCAUUCCAACUUUAUUUGGUUAUGCUGCUUUACUACUAUUAAUGCCAGUACAAGUAUUGUUUAGUAAAAAAUUUCAAACAUAUCGUAAAAAUACAGUAAAAUGGACUGACGAACGUGUAAAAGCAAUAAAUGAAGUCAUAGUUGGCUGUCAAAUUGUAAAAAUGUAUAAUUGGCAAAAAUCACUUGAAGACUCUGUUUAUGAUAUACGAAGUAAUGAGUUUAAAAGUAUUCGAAAGGCCAGCCAUAUUCGGGCUAUCAAUCUGGCUAUUUACUUUUCGUCCUUAACAUUAAUCUUAUUAGCUACGUUUGGUGGUAGCUGGUUAAUGGGUCAGACAUUAACGCCUGUUAACAUAUUCACUGUAUUCGCAUUUUUCAGCGUGAUACGAAUACAAGUAACUUUGUACUUAUUACUUGCAGUUGAAAAACUAAGUGAAAGUUUAAUAGCAUCAAAACGGAUCGAUGAAUUCAUGAGUAUAAGUAGACAGACCAAUGAAAAUAAAAAACAAAGUUUUAUUAAUAACAAUUCCAAUGGUAUUUCAGGAAGUAUUUUUAUGGAUAAAGCUUCAUUCUCAUGGAACACUGAUCAGUUAAUUUCACUAGUUGACAUUGAUCUGGAUGUGAAACCCGGUUCAUUAGUUGGGAUCAUAGGACCCAUCGGAUCAUGUAAAUCAUCAUUGCUAGCAGCAAUUGUAAAUGAAAUGUCACUUGUAAAAGGUACUAGUCAGAUAUAUGGUUCCUUUGCUUAUGUAUCACAGACAUCUUGGAUAUUUGCUGGUAGUGUGCGUGAAAACAUUUUAUUUGGACAACUAUUGAAUGAACAAAAAUAUAAACGUGUGUUACAGGCCUGUUGUUUAAUUAAUGAUCUAAAUUCAUUACGAGCAGGUGAUUUAACCGUAAUUGGUGAAAAAGGUGUGAAUUUAAGUGGUGGACAAAAAGCACGGGUAUCACUGGCUAGAGCAUUAUACGCUGAAGCAGAUAUAUAUUUGUUUGAUGAUCCAUUAGCAGCAGUAGAUUCAGCAGUUGCUACAAUUAUUUUUGAACAAUGUUUUAGUCACAGAGGCCUAUUAAACGGUAAAACUCGCCUAUUAGUUACACAUCAAAUACAAUUUUUACAUGAAACCAACCAUUGUGUUUUAUUGGAUAAUGGAAAAAUUAAACGACAGGGACAUUUUAAUGAAAUAUUAACGGUAAUACCAGAAAUGAAAGAGUUAUAUGACCAACAGCAAGAACAUAUGAAUGAUGAGAUUGCGAAACAUAAAGAUAAUAUCGGCGCUGAAGGUAGUUUUAUUGGUUUAUCUAAAACUUUUGAUAAGAACAGUAUUAUUGAAGAUGAAAUAUCUGUAAAAGGUAGUAUCACUUCUGAUGUAUGGCUCAAAUUAUUUACAUCAGGAUAUGGCUGGAGUGGAUUAGUUUUAUUAAUAUUUCUUAUGUUACUGGGUGAAGCCACCUAUGAUGCUGAUAAUCGAUGGUUAAGCUUAUGGUCAUCAAAAUCACAAGAUCAACAACGUGAAAACUACAAUAUCU